AUGAGCUCCUUGACCUAUCUCAGCCCCGACCACGUCAAGUAUAUGAUUUCGUUGGUCUCCCAGUUUCCAUGUAUCUGGAACAGCAACAUCGCUGGAGACGGUCGUCCCGCGGUCGUUCGCGCUUGGAAUAAAAUCAAAAAGGACUUUGACACUCGGUUUCUCUGCACGGUUGAUGGUAUGUUGUUCUUUCAAACUGUCAAUUUUGAUCGUUUUUUGGUGUCGAUCCUGGAAACUCGGUUUUCUAACAAUGUGAACCAUAUACUUUGCGGUUUUGUUGGGUCUCGAAAAAAAAUUGCCCAGAAUCAGUGUAGAGACCAUGUACAUGAAUCCUGAAAGUGUCACUCAAAAAAAUCCGUAAGAUGAAGACAAAAAGUUUUAUAACUGUUAAUUUCAACGUAUUUUUGAUCGUUUUUUUCUAUCUUUGAGAUUUUCUGUUUUUGAAAAAAAGUAGGUUUUUGUAGAUUGAAGUUUUCAGUACGACAACAAACAUUUCUUGGCCAAUUUUUCAAAAGUUUCUCUGUCUUUUUGAGAGUUUAACACGCUGUCUCCGUUAUUCUCAAAAAAAUUUCUAAAAAGCAACGGGUACAAUAAAAAAUAUUUUUUUGAUUUCGACAAAAACUUCAUCCAGUGUGAUAACCCAUCAUCAGAAAUGCGGACCCAACUUUUUUUGAGCCAUUUCCUCUUACUGUAGCCGGGUUACGGUAGGCAGGUGGGCACCUGCGUAUCUCAGUAUUUAUGAGUUUUUUUAUUAGGCAAGUGAUAUAUCAAUCGAUAGGUAAUUCAAUUUUAGGAACUUUUUACAGUACAUACCAUCAUGGGUUACGGUGGGAAAAAUUUUUGAGUUACGGUACUUUUUUUGUGUCUGCCGAGUCAGUUUUUUUCGACCACCAUGAGCUUGAGCCAGGGAGAUCCAUUCUUCCUAACUUCUCAAAAGAUACCUUACGAGAAGCUGUACAAGCUGUUACUAGUUUGAAAAAAAUCCUAGGUGGACCAUCAUUUCGAAAAAAAUCGCCCCGAAGGCGCGCAAUCGUGGUCUUGCGGCGGCCAAGUGGGUGAAGUCCAUGAUGCCUGACGGCUCAUUCUUCAGAGAUCCAUUCCAAUCUUUGUUUCCAUUUUACUAAUAGACAUCUAUUAUUGAUUUUUUUAUUUCAAUUUGAGAUGUUUUUCGGGUUGACCAUCAUCUCGAAACUUUCAUUUUUGAACCCAAAUUUGGCCUAAAAUGGCCGACUCGGCCUUUUUCACGGGAUCCCUGACCCCGUAUGUGACCGUUCUCAACUUUUUUUCCUUUCUUAAACAUGAACAAGAGUGUCUGAACAACAGUUUUAUAACAAUCGGAACCCCUUUUUGAGAGGACCAUCAUCUCGAAAUUUCAUUUUUGAACCCAAAUUUGGCCUAAAAUGGCCGACUCGGCCUUUUUCACGGGAUCCCUGACCCCGUAUGUGACCGUUCUCAACUUUUUCCUUUCUUAAACAUGAACAAGAGUGUCUGAACAACAGUUUUAUAACAAUCGGAACCCCUUUUGAGAGGACCAUCAUCUCGAAAUUUCAUUUUGAACCCAAAUUUGGCCUAAAAUGGCCGACUCGGCCUUUUUCACGGGAUCCCUGACCCCGUAUGUGACCGUUCUCAACUUUUUCCUUUCUUAAACAUGAACAAGAGUGUCUGAACAACAGUUUUAUAACAAUCGGAACCCCUUUUGAGAGGACCAUCAUCUCGAAAUUUCAUUUUGAACCCAAAUUUGGCCUAAAAUGGCCGACUCGGCCUUUUUCACGGGAUCCCUGACCCCGUAUGUGACCGUUCUCAACUUUUUCCUUUCUUAAACAUGAACAAGAGUGUCUGAACAACAGUUUUAUAACAAUCGGAACCCCUUUUGAGAGGACCAUCAUCUCGAAAUUUCAUUUUUGAACCCAAAUUUGGCCUAAAAUGGCCGACUCGGCCUUUUUCACGGGAUCCCUGACCCCGUAUGUGACCGUUCUCAACUUUUUCCUUUCUUAAACAUGAACAAGAGUGUCUGAACAACAGUUUUAUAACAAUCGGAACCCCUUUUGAGAGGACCAUCAUCUCGAAAUUUCAUUUUGAACCCAAAUUUGGCCUAAAAUGGCCGACUCGGCCUUUUUCACGGGAUCCCUGACCCCGUAUGUGACCGUUCUCAACUUUUUUUCCUUUCUUAAACAUGAACAAGAGUGUCUGAACAACAGUUUUAUAACAAUCGGAACCCCUUUUUGAGAGGACCAUCAUCUCGAAAUUUCAUUUUUGAACCCAAAUUUGGCCUAAAAUGGCCGACUCGGCCUUUUUCACGGGAUCCCUGACCCCGUAUGUGACCGUUCUCAACUUUUUCCUUUCUUAAACAUGAACAAGAGUGUCUGAACAACAGUUUUAUAACAAUCGGAACCCCUUUUGAGAGGACCAUCAUCUCGAAAUUUCAUUUUGAACCCAAAUAUCGGCUUAGUUUCCCCAUUUGAAGUUUUUAUCAUUUACAUCGAAAUCUAUUCUGCCAAUUUAUUUUUAAAACAGCUAAUCAAAAAUGAGAUAUGUGAAAUACCAAGAAAUUUUUUUCAUAAAAGAGAAAACCCGACACUCUGACCACCGGUGAGGUUGAAACUUAACUUUCAAGGUGAUUUUUUAUAAAUGUUUUCAUUAUAACCUAAAUAGUGGUUCUAAAUCUUCAAAAAUUUUUUUCAUACCUAAAAAAACAAGACAUUCGUCUUGUGACUAUUUUUUUGUGAAAAAAAGAACCAAAAAAAUAUUUCGAUUUUUCAAGCAAAAAUUUUUAUUUAAAAAGUGGGUUUCCUAGGUAAACGGUCAUUUUGGAAUUGGUCCAAAAUAAAAUUUUAUUUUUCAGUUCUCAUCUUCAUAUUCUCAUCAAAAAGUUAAAAGGGCCAAGAUCUGUAUUGAGGGAACCAAUAAUUUCAUUGGAAGGGUAAACCAAAAGUUUUCAAGCCAAAUUUGGGUUCAAAAUGAAAUUUCGAGAUGAUGGUCCUCUCAAAAGGGGUUCCGAUUGUUAUAAAACUGUUGUUCAGACACUCUUGUUCAUGUUUAAGAAAGGAAAAAGUUGAGAACGGUCACAUACGGGGUCAGGGAUCCCGUGAAAAAGGCCGAGUCGGCCAUUUUAGGCCAAAUUUGGGUUCAAAAUGAAAUUUCGAGAUGAUGGUCCUCUCAAAAGAGGUUCCGAUUGUUAUAAAACUGUUGUUCAGACACUCUUGUUCAUGUUUAAGAAAGGAAAAAGUUGAGAACGGUCACAUACGGGGUCAGGGAUCCCGUGAAAAAGGCCGAGUCGGCCAUUUUAAGCCAAAUUUGGGUUCAAAAUGAAAGUUCCAGAUGAUGGUCCUCUCAAACGGGGUUCCGAUUGUUAUAAAACUGUUGUUCAGACACUUUUGUUCAUGUUUAAGAAAGGAAAAAGUUGAGAACGGUCACAUACGGGGUCAGGGAUCCCGUGAAAAAGGCCGAGUCGGCCAUUUUAGGCCAAAUUUGGGUUCAAAAUGAAAGUUCGAGAUGAUGGUCAACCCGAAAACAUCUCAAAUUGAAAUAAAAAUCAAUAAUAGAUGUCUAUUAGUAAAAUGGAAACAAAGAUUGGAAUGGAUCUCUGAAGAAUGAGCCGUCAGGCAUCAUGGACUUCACCCACUUGGCCGCCGCAAGACCACGAUUGCGCGCCUUCGGGGCGAUUUUUCGAAAUGAUGGUCCACCUAGGAUUUUUUCAAACUAGUAACAGCUUGUACAGCUUCUCGUAAGGUAUCUUUUGAGAAGUUAGGAAGAAUGGAUCUCCCGGCUCAAGCUCAUGGUGGUCGAAAAACUGACUCGGCAGACACAAAAAGUACCGUAACUCAAAAUUUUCCCACCGUAACCCAUGAUGGUAUGUACUGUAAAAGUUCCUAAAAUUGAAUUACCUAUCGAUUGAUAUAUCACUUGCCUAAUAAAAAAACUCAUAAAUACUGAGAUACGCAGGUGCCCACCUGCCUACCGUAACCCGGCUACAGUAAGAGGAAAUGGCUCAAAAAGUUGGGUCCGCAUUUCUGAUGAUGGGUUAUCACACUGGAUGAAGUUUUGUCAAAAUCAAAAAAUAUUUUUUUUUAUUGUACCCGUUGUUUUUGAGAAUAACGGAGACAGCGUGUUAAAAACUGAAAAUAAAUUCCUUCGUCGUCAAAAAAAAACCGAUUUGCCUUUAACUUCGACGGUUUUCGGAAAAAAAUUCCUGAGUUUUUACUCAUCCAAUUUAAAAGGACUUUUUGAGGCGUCUUUCCUCCUAAACCAGGAAGGCUAGGGUUUUCAAGACCGCUUUAUUUGGCAGUUCAGACCAUUGCCUGUAUUUUGAGAAAAACCUCCUACCUGUUGGCUUGGAACACAAUGUUUGCAUUUACAGAAACAGGACUACAGAGCUGUUGGGAAACUCUUCAAACCAAGUACCGAAAAUGGACGAGAAGCCCCCAAAAAAUGUUCGGCUAUUCGGAAGAGUUGUCCUUUUUGUCGUCGAAUAUAAAGUUUUUAUUUAUUUACAUGGGUUAUCUGAUAUCCUAUUUGUAGAGCGAUUCCCUUGUCAGAUCUGAACGAAGAACUCCGUCACGACGUCUUGACUAGUAAUAUUGUUUCUUCCGAAGCGACCUGGAUAUGGCCAGGUUUUCGAUUUUUUUUCGCGUUUUUUCAGUCAGUUUUGCAGAAAGUUAUACGAAGGAAGUUCUGAUGAGAGUCUCGCUCCGACUUAGACACAUGCUCCACGACCUCGAUGAUAUUAGAAAUAAGGACGAUUUCAACCGACGAAUAGGUUCUUUUUAUGAGAAACAGUCCAGCCAAAGUUAAAACUACGAUAAAGAAUUAGAAUAAAACAUUAGAUGCUAAAAUAGGUUUAAAUCUGCCACACCGAAAAAUUAAUUGAAAUUUUCUCCAGUUUUUGAUGUAUAAACAUCUGAUAAGCCUCAUUUAGUACUUGGUGCAUACAUCGGUUGGAUCCCACCCAGCCUUUUGCGCGCGCGAUUUGAAAAUGUACUGAAGUAGGCCGCCCUUUUUCGGGCGGUAGGCCGCAAUUUUGGGGGUUAGCCCGCAGUUUGACGGGGGGCGGAAGGGGGUAGGCCGUACUCCGGGGUGGGAUCUAGCCGACGUAUGACCUGGAGCCCUCAUUUGAACCAUUAUCUCUCGUUUGACACGGCGAUUUUCUAUACACAAAUCGAUUUUUGCUCCCUGGAUCCUUAUUUACCAUUAUACGGCUCGAUUAACGCGAUUAAAUUAUGAUAUAAGCAGUUUUUUUUAUUCCGGUGUGCUCAAAAAUUGUGGAGAAUUUAUAUGAGUCUAUUCAAAAGCGCUCAAAGUUGUAAAAAAAAAAAGGAACCCAUUUCAGUGUCCCAGAUUUUAACAGUUUGCUUAUUAAAAGUCUUUUUUCUUGUUUUGGAAGAAUUUUCAAUUUUUUAACUGUCGUGAUGAUUCCACAAAAAGUUAAAAAGAAAAGAUUUAUGAUACGAUUAUUUUUUUUUGGCUUGAAAGACGAGGGAGGCGGAGAACAAGGCGGGACGCGUAGCGUGCGCGUUUGCGCGUCUUGGCACGAGUUCCAUUCAACCGUCAGCGACUAUUUGGAAAGCCCCUUUUUCGCUUUUUUUUUAUUACUUUUUUUAAAAUUUUUUAUUUAUUUUUUUUCGGUUGUUGGACAAAAAUAUAGGAAUGAAUAGAAAAAAAGCGGUGAACGAGAUUUUCAAGUACUCGGUGGCGUUUGGAUUGAACUAGUGCCAAGAACCGCGGACGCGCACGCUACGCGUCUCACCUCCUCCUCGCGCCUCCUUUGCUUUUCAAGUCGAGAUGGAAUGACUAUAUUCCGUUAAUAUUCACUUUCAAAGACCCUGAUCCUAACUCAGUUGAGAGUAUCUUUUCAGGAAUCACCCGAUACACUUGCGCCGCGAAAAAAGCUCGCAGCGUCUCGAUCUACGGCUGGAAUUUAUAA